AUGGCCAUGUUUGCUGAGGCCAAAGAGGCUAAGGGUGGAAUCCAAAAGUGGAAGAAAGAGAAGGAGGAGGAAGAGGAAGAGGAGGCAGCAGCGGGGAUGUGGGUGGGUGAGGAGGCUCUGAGGGAGGCCCGGGCCGAGGGCCCCGUGGAGAGCAAGUUGGAGUUGCACCCGCUGCUGAACAGGUGGGCUCUGUGGUUCUUCAAGAAUGACCGCAGCAGGGCCUGGCAGGACAACCUGCAUCUGGUCAUCAAGUUUGACACCGUGGAGGACUUCUGGGCGAUGUACAAUAACAUCCAGCUGGCCAGUAAGCUCUCUUCCGGCUGUGACUACGCCCUGUUCAAGGAUGGCAUUGAGCCCAUGUGGGCAGACAGCAGGACUAGGCGGGGUGGCCGCUGGCUGGUCAGCCUCGCCAAGCAGCAGCGCCACAGUGAGCUGGACCACCUAUGGCUGGAGACGCUGCUGUGUCUGAUCGGGGAAAGCUUUGAGGAGCACAGCCAGGACGUGUGUGGGGCCGUCAUCAACAUCCGAACCAAGGGGGACAAGAUUGCUGUGUGGACGAGGGAGACAGAGAACCAGGAGGGCGUGCUGCGCAUUGGGCGUGUCUACAAAGAGCGCCUGGGACUCUCCACAAAGACCAUCAUUGGGUACCAGGCCCACGCAGACACGGCCGCCAAGAGCAACUCCCUAGCCAAGAACAAAUUUGUGGUGUGA